AUGAGGAAAACCUCCGAGGAUUGUCUCACUUUGUCUCCAGACUGGAAAGUAGAAGAUGAGGACAUUACACAGUAUAGUCCAGGAGAAAACCCGGCUCCCUCCAAUGUGCAUCCAGCACCACACAGUGUACAUGGACCAUCUGAUUCCUCGUAUCCUGAGGAACCUGAGACUGUGCGGGACCGGGCCGGCCUUCCAGCAGAGAAGAAGUUCUCCUGUCCUGAGUGCGGGAAGAGUUUCCGUUUUUUAUCCAAUCUUAUAGUGCAUAAAAGAUCUCACACGGGGGAAAAACCAUAUUCCUGUCUCAAGUGCGGAAAAUGUUUUUCACAAAAGUCCAAUAUUCAGAUACAUCAGAGGCUUCACACAGGUGAGAAGCCGUUUUCCUGUCCUGAGUGCGGGAAAUGUUUUUCAGAUCAGUCCCAUCUUUACAUACAUAAGAGAUCUCACACAGGUGAGAAACCAUAUUCCUGUCUUGUGUGCGGGAAAUGUUUUGUAAAUAAAUCACAUCUUGUCACACAUCAAAGACUUCACACAGGGGAAAAACCGUACUCCUGUCGUGAGUGCGGAAAAUGUUUUUCAGACAAGUCCUUUUAUCACAGACACCAAAGAUUGCACACGAGUGAGAAUCUGUAUUCCUGUUCUGAGUGCGGGAAAUGUUUUUUUUACAGAAGUCACAUCUUUACACACAUCAGAGGUCACACACGGGGGAGAAGCCGUAUUCCUGCCCUGAGUGCGGGAAAUGUUUUUCACAGAGGUCCAAUCUUUACAGACAUCAGAGACUGCACACGGGGGAGAAGCCGUAUUCCUGUCCUGAGUGUGGGAAAUGUUUUUCAGAAGUCCAGUUUUAUCACACACAUCAGAGAUCUCACACGGGUGAGAAUCUGUUUUCCUGUUCUGAGUGCGGGAAAUGUUUUUCACAGAAGUCACAUCUUUACACACAUCAGAGAUCUCACACGGGGGAGAAGCCGUAUUCCUGUCCUGAGUGCGGGAAAUGUUUUUCACAGAAGUCCAAUCUUUACACACAUCAGAGAUCUCAUACGGGGGAGAAGCCACUUUCCUGUCCUGAGUGAGGGAAAUGUUCCUCACUGA